AUGUCUUAUGUGAAUCAGCUUCUCAUCGAUGUAUGGGUUCAGCAGGAAGAAGUGUCCGGAAGAUCUGCCGUUUCGCACAAUCCAUUCCGCUCUGUCCAGCCCAACCUAGAGCGUCGUGGAGGAACAGAUGCUUUCGCAGUCAUUACCGACCCUCGAGGCUUCGGGUAUCAAAACUCAAAACGUGCUCAUUUCGCCACCACCGCCGUGAAACACCGGGAUCCAAGAAUUUAA